ACUGAACUGAACAGAACAGAACAGAACCAAACAAAAUAAACAGAAGCGGCAAGGCCGUAAUGUACAAAAAUUAAUGUGAUUUGCACAAAAUUUUUUUGAAGAUAAAACGUUUCUUGCUGUUGAUUUUCCCCAAGAACAGCCAUGUUGUGCAAUAAACUGUUCACCCAAAUUUCCAUUUCAAACUGUGUGCGUAUGAUCCAUAUCAGUCACACUCGCCAAAGCACUUUCCACUCUCGUAAUCCUCCAGAACCUCAUUUUGAUAGAAAAAGAAUGAUUGAAGUUUGCAAGCCCAUAUCUGUACCUAAAAAAAUUCCUGAUUGGCAAACAUGCUCUCAAGCUGUCAUUUUGGAAGAAGAAAAGGCACAUCCUUAUGAAACAAUACUUGCAAAAGAACUGAAGCAAAAUUGGGAAUCUUCAAAAAUGAUAAUGUUUUAUCAUCUUACUUCUUUGACCGACAGAUUAACUAGAGAUGUUCGAAAUAUGUUUUUUAAAAAAGAUCUCUUCUUUCAUAUAUACAGUCCUGAAGUUGUAAAACUUGCUGUUCAAGAAACACCAUUUACUUCCAUAUUGCAUCUUUUCGAAUCAAAAACUGCUCUACUAUUUUGCCCUGAUCAAGAUAUCAAUAAAGUGCUUCAGCUGAGUAAAAAAACACCUUAUGUAAUUCUCAUGGCUGGUAUUGUAGAAGGUACAUUUUAUAGUAAGAGUCAGUUGCAGUCACUAAAUGAUGCCUUGAAAAAAGAUGUUCAUCAGCAGCUUGCACAAAUUUUGGACUAUACUCCAUCUAAACUAGUUGGAACUAUUAAUCAUCACUCUCAAACACUUUGUCAUUAUUUAAAUGAAAUAUCAAGUAGAAAAGAAUAGGCUGAUAAAUAAAUGAGUUCAAUUUAUAUGAAAUGCUCCCUUUCUUCUAUACUAUAUAUUUACAGAUUCUUGAUAUCAUUUGCCAAGAAUUCAAUCCGAAGAUAUUUCUUUUAUUUGUACUUUAAUACAAAAUCAGUUGCACAAUUAGAGAUCCAAAUAUGUGAACAUGAAUUAUGACAUAAGUGAAAAAAUAUAAUUAACUGCAGUCUGAAGGAAAUCCAAGAAUUUUAGAAAGGCCAAUAAUAUGUGUUUAGAACCCCAACUUUGAAGCAUUAAAUACAUUGUCAAUUGUUUAAUAAAUAUUUGCUAGCAAUAAUAAGUGUUGGGUAAUU